AUGGCUCUCGCCCCCGUCAUUGCUCUGUCCCAUGGAGGAGGACCCCUCCCGAUCCUGGGCGACCCUGACCACAAGACCAUCAUCGACUCGCUGGAGAAGCGCAUCCCCAAGCUCCUCUCGCUCGACUCCCCCGCCAACCGGCCCCGCGCCAUCGUCCUCGUCACAGCUCACUGGCAGACCAAGUCGCCAGCCAUCUCCAGCGGCGCGCAGCCGGACCUCAUCUACGACUACUACGGCUUCCCUCCGGAGUCGUACGAGCUCAAGUACCCCGCCAAGGGCGACCCCGCCAUCGCGGCUGAGAUCGCUGAUCUCCUCAAGGCCGAGGGCUUCAACAACACCCGCCUCGACCCUCGUCGCGGCUUCGACCAUGGUGUCUUCGUCCCAAUGACCCUGGCCCGCCCCCAGGCCGACGUGCCCAUCGUGCAAAUGUCCGUCCUGGAGACCGAAGAUCCGGAGUCGCACCUGCGCAUCGGCCGCGCCCUGCAGAAGCUGCGCGAGAAGAACAUCGCCAUCGUCGGCUCCGGCUUCGCCUCCUUCCACAACAUUCGCAUCAUGAUGGCCAUGCGCCACGCCAACCCGGUGCAAAAGGCCGAGGUGAGGGGCAUCUCGGAGGCAUGGAACGGCGCGCUGGCCGAGGCGCUCAAGGGCACCGAGUCGGAGAAGCGGUGGGGGGGCAUCCAGCAGUGGAAAUCGUUUCCGGGCUCGCAGGUCAUGCACCCUCCAGGAGCCUCAGAGCACCUAACCCCUCUUAUUGUCUGUGCGGGCGCUGCAGCCGACGGUGAGGUGACCAAGAGCUACAAGGAUGAGUAUCUUGGUGUGGACAUUUUGACGUUUUACUGGGGGUCCGACAAGUUGGAUGAGGGCAAGGAUGAACUAUAG